AUGAUAAAACAGGUGCUAGUGUUAUUGGUCUGCGGGUUGGCCGUUGCCAACGCCAUGGUCCGGGAGGGAUGGCUGGACGUUCGAGUGGAUCAUUUUACCCCCCGGAACCAGGAAACCUUCCCGAUGCGCUACUACGCCAACGAUGAGCACGCCUACGCCCGAGGUCCGAUCUUCAUCAUCGUUGGAUCAGCCGGUCCGGUCGAUGUGCGGUACCUAAGCCAUGGACUGUUCUAUGACAUCGCAUACCUCGAGGGUGCCUAUCUGUUCGCUAACGAGAUGCGAUACUUCGGACACAGCCUUCCGGUAGAGGAUGCCUCCACGAACAAUUUGGACUUCCUGACCAUCGAUCAAGCUAUGGCUGAUCUGGUUGACUUCGUGAACUACGUCAAGUUCGACGUCGUCCGAAACCCACAGGCCAAGGUCAUCCUUCUGGGUUACGGUAUCGGAGGUGUCGUGGCCAGCCAUUUCCGACAGCAGUUCCCUCACCUGUCUACCGGAGCAUGGAUUUCCAGUGGUCCAGUUCAUGCUGACUUCGAGUUUAAUGGUUACAUGGAGUCCCUCGGAAACACCAUCCGCGAAUUCGGUGGAAGCGAGUGCUACGGUACCAUCUUCAGUGGUUUCGGAGUAGCCCAAAACUUGAUCACCCUGGAUCGGUCCGAACUACUAACGGAAAUGUUCCACUUGUGCGACACCCUGGACGUAGACGACCGAUUCGAUGCCAUCGCCUUCCUGCUUGGUCUCCAACAGAACAUUGAAUUCGAAAUGUUGCACCGCAGCCAAACCAGUGCCACUACACAGAUGUGUGACGUCAUCGAAGAUGACGAUUUCCCCAACAGCUUGCUGGCCUUAAACAAUUGGUUCCUCGCCGAACACGAAUACGAUACCUGCGUCGAUCUGAGCUUUGAGUCCUACAUGGCACCACUCCUGGAAACCGAUUUCGACCACGAUGCCCUCCAGAGUGGCCUUCGUCAGCGACUGUACCUGCAGUGCACCUCAACUGGAUUCUUCCCAACAACAGACUCCCGCUAUCAACCGUUCGGUGAUCAGAUCGAUAGCGAUUUCUACGUUGAAGUGUGUCGCCGUGCUUUCGGUGAUUGGAUCGAUGAAGAUUUCAUUCGGGAGCAGGUCGAUCGUACCAACCGCCGCUUCGGUGGCAACACUCCGAUCACCGAUCGUGUCCACUACACCAAUGGAGACAUCGAUCCGCAGCAUGUGGCCGGUAUCCUCCGAGAUUUGGACGAUGAUGAUAUGGCAGUGGCCACACUGAUUGCCAAUGCCUUCCAGGCGCAGGAUCUCGAAUCGAUCGACUACGAGUACGAUUCGCCUGAAAUGAUCGAGGCCAAGGAGCGAACCCGGACGCUGAUCGAUAUUUGGAUCUUCGAGGACGCUGCUCCGAUCCAUCACGAAGCUUAG